GAAGGAACCCCGCUCGUACACUCUAUCAACCCCUACGGUACAACACUGCGACUGGCAUCUAGAUCAUGAGUUCUCCGAAUGAAAGCGCCCGAAGGGGCAGUCGUGGCCUGAUCUACAAUCCUGCGACGGGAACUUACACGCGCCCGCGUAAACAGUCGCAGAUGGUGCCACCACCGGUACCGCCCAAAAAGCCCGACCCGUCGCACUCGAGCGAGUACACUUACUCCCCCAUCACCAAAGAGACUCAUCAAGUCGCCGAACUCGAGGGCGAUUCCGAUGUGGGAAGGUUAGAUUCAGAGGGCACCCCAGGGGAGUCGUUCCACGGCGAGCGGAGUCGAGGGAAGGAGAAGCAGAGAGCCAAGAGAUUGCCAAAAAAGAAGCGGCAGCUGAGGAUUUUAUCGCUAGGUGCGCACUUCCGGACCCUUUGCAGAAGCGCUACCGUAGGCUAAUAUUAGGAUUCUUUUUUUCUUCUACAGAUGGCGGUGGAAUCAGAGGCUAUUCUACACUUGUUAUCCUCCAGGAGCUGAUGCACCAGAUAUACGUCCAGACUCAUAAUGGAAAGGGGCCCAGAACCCCCGCCGAUCUCCCCCGACCGUGCGAUUAUUUCGAUUUGAUUGGAGGCACCGGGACCGGAGGGUUGAUUGCCCUGAUGUUGGGGAGGAUGAGAAUGGAUGUUGAGAGCUGCAAGGAAUACUACGUGCAGUUGACGCGUUAUGUUUUCAUCACGGACAAGACUGUUUUAGGAGUGCCUUAUGGGAAAACCCUAUUCAAGUCUAGUCGUCUAGAAGAAGCUAUAAAGCACUGCGUCCGAGAGAGUAGGUCCAUUCCUUUUGGCGCUAUUUAUAGAACCGUCUGUUUACUGAUAAAUUGCACUGCUUAGGCACCAAGUUCGAUACGGAUAAAAUCAUUCCACAUUCCCCGCCCCCAACGAGUCCUCCAGCCAUGACACAUAAAAGGUCUGACUCAUGGGCGGAUCGGAUUUCUCCAAUGCGUCGCCGCACCUCCUCACUCGAUCGUAACCAAACCCGCGGCCGACGGGAAUCAGGCGGGACUCGGAAAGCGGGCGAUCCCGACGCACCCCUGUCCGACAACCGACCCGGAAGAUGCCGGACGUUCGUUACAGCUAUUUACCAAGGCACAUCACCAGAGUCCACCGCACCACCGGUAUUGCUGCGCACUUAUCCUUCGAGGGCCGAAAGCGUCCCAUCGUAUAAUUGCACAAUCUGGCAGGCCGGUCGAGCGACAUCGGCUAUCGAAUUUGCUUUCAAACCGAUCACAAUCGAGCAGAACACCUUCCUGGACGAGGGCAGCGGGAUAUACAACCCAGCCGUACAAGCUUUGGAGGAAGCACGAAAUAACGAAUUCCCCGGCGACGAAAUCUCCGUGUUCGUCUCCAUCGGUACAGGCAAACGUCAUGAAGCGCCCGCCCAACCACCAAGCCGCCGCCAAAGCAGCCGCGGUGAACGGCACCGCCUCCACCACAGCAACCACAGCACCGUAUCUCUCAGUCAGCAAAAGGCGCCCUGGUGGGAGGGGCUGAUAUCCACGCCCUUUGAGGGCUUCACCGAGGCGCGGAAGCGGCUCUAUUCCAAGGUGGACGACUGCGAGCGCGUGCACAGGAUCCUCAUCGACGGCGAGGACGGUGGGCGCCCGGGACUAGCGAAAAUGGGUGUGCCGAGGGAAGACUACUACCGCUUCAACGUAGAAGUCGGCGUCGGCGAGUUUGCCCUGAACGAGUGGAACCGCCUGACGGAAGUCAGUACGGGCACCCGACGCUACCUCGGCCAGCGCGAAACUAAUAGCCUAGUGCGCGAGUGUGCUUCCAAGCUCGUAAGGAUCGAUAAGUCCAACACCAUGCCCGCAGAACCCCUCAACCCAAAGCAUCUCCACAAAGCAAUCACCCCUAAACCCCUCCCCCCUCCCCCCAAGCCCCCACAAGACAUUGCAGAACUAAGCGCCGAGAUCGAUCACGCGGCGGCAGACUGGACCUCUUCUACGGCCUCCUCCUCGCCCCAGCUCUCCCCGCGUGACACACACCCGGCCUUCCGAAUAAUCAUGCCCGACCACCAUCAGCACAUCACUCAAUCACCCACCGCCGGGGAGGUGACGGCCUAUCAGUCCAUGAUACCAGAAAUACAGGUGCAGGAACCGCCGCAGUUACCGCCGAAGCAACCGAAGCCCGAACGUCCGUCGUAUCAUCAGGACCAUCCAUACUACAGGGCCGCGCAGGAGAUGCCCAUGCCGAAUCCGGAGAUUAGGGUGACGAGUCCGACGACAGUAGCGGGCGGAGAUAGUGACGAGGAGAGGCGGGGCGGGUUUCCGCUCGGCGAAGGGAGGAGGAGGAGGAGGAGGAGCACCGGGAGGCGGUAG